GUUGUGGGGGAGCACGGGGGGCCUGAGGCACGGGUGGGUGGGGGACGACCGUGGUCAGAAGGUGGAGGGCCAGGGCCUCCGCCAAACCAGCAGCAGCUGCAGCAGCAGCAGGUGUUUGGUAUGGUGGAUAGGACCGUGGGGGGUGCUGGGGUGCAGGGCUCCCUUGCCCCCAAACAGAACCAAACCCAGGGGCCUCUGCCACCAGGGGCCCAGCCUCCACCGCCAGGGCUCCACGUCGGGCCCCUGGCGGCCCCUACUGCCGGCAUCGGUCCCGGCCCCGGCCAUACCACCGCCCAUGGCCCAGGACCUGUACCUGUACCCGGGCCGGGGCCGGACCUCAGGGAGCCCCCAGAGUGGGGCAGAAAGCUGCAGCCCAGCCACCUUGACCCGGGCUCGGCCUCGCUGCUGCGCCGCAACAAGAAGAAGGCCGAGAGCAUGCUGCGCAACGACUCGCUCAGCUCCGACCAAUCCGAGUCCCUCCGGCCGCCCCCGCCCCGCCCCUACAAGGGCAAACGGGGCGGGGGCAACAAGAGGCAGAUAUCCUUCAGCAGCUCGGAGGAAGAGGGGGGGUCCACACCCGAGUACACCAGCUGUGAGGAUGUGGAGAUUGAGAGUGUCAGCGAGAGAGGUGAGAGAGGUGACUGGGAGUGCUACCCGCUGGAUCCAACUGCAUGGCAUAAGACACGCUCUCCUCAGCAUCCAGUUACAUGGCAGCCAUCCAAGGAAGGUGAUCAUUUAAUCGGCCGCAUCACUCUGACCAAGAGGACAGCCAUGCCCAAAGAGGCCGGUGCCAUGCUCGGGUUAAAGGUGGUCGGUGGGAAGAUCACAGAGACGGGGCGACUCGGGGCUUUUAUCACCAAAGUAAAAAAGGGCAGCCUGGCUGACGUGGUGGGCCAUCUACGUGCAGGUGAUGAGGUGCUUCAGUGGAACGGAAGAUCGUUGCCAGGAGCAACCAAGAAAGAAGUUUACAAUAUCAUUUUGGACUCCCAGUCCGAACCCCAAGUGGAGCUGGUGGUGUCCAGGCCCAUUGGGGUGCAUAAAAGGCUUUAUGACAUACCAAGAAUCCCAGAAACAUCCCAUCCUCCAUUAGAAUCUACAGGUUCAAGCUCCUUUGAGUCCCAGAAGAUGGAGAGGCCGGUCAUCUCCAUCCUCUCCCCGUCCAGCCCUGGAGGUCUGCGAGACGCCCCCCAGACCCUGCCCGGGCAACUCUCAGUGAAAAUGUGGUACGAUAAAGUUGGACACCAGCUGAUAGUUAACGUUCUCCAGGCCAUCGAUCUGCCGGCCAGGCAAGAUGGCCGCCCCAGGAACCCCUACGUCAAAAUGUACUUCCUGCCUGAUCGCAGUGAUAAGAGUAAGAGGAGAACGAAAACGGUGAAGAAGAGUCUGGAGCCCAAGUGGAACCAGACGUUCCUGUACUCUCACGUGCACCGGCGCGAAUUCAGAGAACGCAUGCUGGAGAUCACCAUAUGGGACCAACCUAGAGUACAGGAGGAGGAGAGCGACUUCAUGGGAGAGAUGCUGAUUGAGCUGGAGACUGCCCUGCUGGACGACAAGCCUCACUGGUACAAGCUGCAGACACACGACGUGUCCUCCAUCCCCCUGCCCAACCCCUCGCCAUACCUCCAUCGGAGACACCCGCACGCAGACACGCCCGGGAAGCGGCUGCAACGAUCUCAACGCAUCACAGAAACAGAUUAUGAUGAUGGUAUUGGCGUAGUGGCCACAGCUGAAGAGAACCGCUCGCGGGAUCGAGAGAGAGAAAGGGACAGAGACGUGGAGAGAGGACGAGAAAGGGACAGGUCGUCUGCCAAUCUGGAGGUCCCGGACGCCGCCUGCUCCCUCCACCACCGCUCACGCUCCGUGUCGCCUCGCCGAGAGGACCAGAGCAGAGCUCGCUCGCGGCCCCCUAACGUCCCAACGCAGAGGAGCUUGGAUGAGGGUCAUCAUGGCCGUCGAUCACGAUCCCCAACCCGUUACCAGGACCACAACCGUUGUCAUCAGGAGAGAGAAUAUGUAGAUGAAAGACAACCAAGACCUCUGGACAAACCUAGCUGUCAGACACUCGGCAAGAAAAUCUCUGACAGUGACAGGACACAUCCACACGGUAACCCCGCGUACACCUCAUCCACAGGGACUGCAACGGCCACGCGCAGGGGCAGGCAGCUACCGCAGGUUCCCGCCAAAAUUAGCAGUGUAGAGGAAGCCCUUGCAGCAGAGGAGCGAGCUCGCUCGAUGAAAGUACAUUCCUACAGAACGCCAGGCCCCUCCAGUGCUAGCCAGGACCUGGAGAGGGCGCUGAAGAGUAAACGAGAGCUUUACAAAGAUCAGCGAAAGAGCUGUGAAAAUGUAUCCCACAAGUCCUCGGACAGUGAUGUCAGCGAUGUGUCAGCCAUCUCUCGAGCCAGCAGUGCCUCUCGGAUCAGUAGCACCAGCUACAUGUCCAUCCAGUCAGAACGGCCCCGGGGGAGACUCAGGUCUAAGUCUUUAGAGGGAUGUGAGGGUGAGGAGAGGAAAGAGAGGAGGAUAACGUGGAAAGUAAACGGGACAGACGACGAGCUGCUGGAAAGACACUCUGAUGAGGGGGACCUCAGUCGUCAGAUGCGCCCGUCGGGCCGGAGCAUGCUGAAGAGCACGAGCGUGAGCGGCGAGAUCUACUCCAUGGAGCGCACGGACGGCAGCCAGUCGGACACGGCGCUGGGCACGCUGGGCGGCGGCAGCGGCAAAAAGCGGCGCUCCAGCCUGAGUGCCCGCGUGGUCGCCAUCGUGGGCCUGCCGUCCCGCCGCAGCCGCAGCACCUCCCAGCUCAGUCAGACAGAAGCUGCCCAGAAGCAGAAGACCAAGGGGAGCCAGGGUGGCAUCCAGCGCAGCCAGGAGACUGGCAUGGCGGUGGAGUACCCGCGCAAUGCCAUGGCCCGCCAGGCCAGCCGCGAGUCUACCGACGGCAGCAUGAACAGCUACAGCUCUGAGGGGAAUCUGGUCUUCUCAGGGAUGAGGCUUGGUGCUGACAGCCAGUUCAGUGACUUCUUGGAUGGCCUUGGCCCCGCCCAGCUGGUGGGGAGACAAACCCUGGCCACGCCCGCCAUGGGAGACAUCCAGAUUGGCCUGAUGGACAAGAAAGGUCAGCUGGAGGUAGAGGUGAUUAGGGCACGUGGCCUUACACCCAAACCAGGAUCCAAAAACCUCCCAGCUCCCUACGUCAAGGUCUACUUACUGGAUAACGGGGUGUGUAAAGCCAAAAAGAAAACCAAGAUUGCACGAAAAACACUCGACCCGUUAUACCAGCAAGUGCUGCUUUUUGACGAGAGUCCACAGGGUAAAGUUCUCCAGGUCAUAGUCUGGGGUGACUAUGGGCGAAUGGACCACAAAUCCUUUAUGGGAGUUGCACAGAUCCUAUUGGAGCAGCUUGAUCUUUCAAGCACAGUGAUUGACUGGUACAAACUCUUUCCUCCUUCCUCAUUGGUGGAUCCUACGCUAGCUCCACUCGCCCGACGGGCUUCCCAGACAUCACUUGAUAGUUCUUCAGGGCCGCCAGGCGUGCGGUCCUAGUGAAGGGGCAUACAGGAUCCCCUUCCCCACUCCCCUCCCAGGAUCACCUGAGUGGACCAAGGACACAUACCUGUGGCAACAAUCAGAGCCCUGAGAGACGGAAAAAGACAAACCAGAAUCACGAUCAAAGCUUUUGCUGGAGCCUGACAAUCACUUCUCCACCCCUUUUGUAUUUGGGUUCUUUGCAUUUUUGUCUUUUGUUUUCUGGACUCUCAAGGUUUACUUUUGUGCCAUUGUACACCAAUCUCCUUUGUUGUUUUCUAUUGCUGGCUUCAUUCAUUCUGAAUGUGACUUGGUUCCAUUCAGUUCCUGAGCGGAGGCGGGAACAGACCGUUCGUUGACUAAACUGGCCAAUCAAAGUAGUGAUGACUGACUCUAGCCAGUCAACAGUGUCAGUGACAUCAUCUUGUUCAUUCUUCCUCCUUGCCAUAUAAGGAGUAUGGUCGUGUUCGGGACAGGUGAGGCAGGCCACUGUAAGACUGAGAGGCCCCUCCCUUCCAGGGGUUUUACCAUAGGUCAAAGGUCACAUAGCUAGAUGCUGACCUUAACAAGUCUGUUUACAGAAGAUCUCUCCCACUGCUUCGCCUUGUCACUGUACUCUUAUUUUGGUACAGGGGCACACACACACACACACACAAACACCAUACAUACACAUAUACAUGCACACACCACACACACACACGCGUGGAAUGUGAAGACCUGUGUUAUGUUUCCUGACAUUUGUUUCCAAAUUGUGUAAAACAUAAGUAAUAUACUGGGCAGUUAUGGGAAGCCUCUUCCGUAAGUUUUCUUUUUCCUCUAAUUAGCAGGCAUUCCCUUUUGUUGUUAGCACAGCGUGCCCUUUUGUAAGUGCACUCGAAUUAGCUUCCCCCGCCCCCAUCCUUCCACAGGCUGUUGAUGUUCAGCCUGAGUUUCAGCAUAAGCCACUUUCAGUUGUUGCCAUGACAUCACAGAAUGCGUCACAUUGACACAUCGUUUUGCCUUGGCAACUGCCAAUCAAGGUCAGAUAUGAUUAAGGGAAUGGUCUGCAGAUGUUUAACAAAUGUCAUUCUUUUAGAACAGUUUUAUGUUUGUUUUUGGGAUUUAAAGCAAGCACAAAAGCCUGAUUUGUUUUUCAAAUAGCAGAAAGUUGUAGCUUUUUGAGAAACAGAUAACCACUCUUUGAAAGAGCUUGAUUUUGUCCCCUAUUCUUUAAGCUGUUUUAUUUUCUUCUCGUUUUUAAUUUUUUAAUGUUUCUCAAAAAAAAUUCACACACAAAACCCCUCUCUCCAUCUAAAUGUGGCAGUAAAAUGCAGGUUGUGUUUUGACAAAGUCCAGAGAUCUUCUCGAUACAAAAAAGAGACAAAAGACGACAUAAGCCACCCUCUCCUUCCCCGUGCCGAAGGAGCAAGCAUGCCUCUGGAACGGUCCCAAACUGCAUGCACAUUUUGUAAACACGACGGAUGAGAAUAAAAAAAAUAAAAUAAGAGACGAACAGACUCGUGUGUUAGUUCCACAUACUGUAGGCAAGCUUGUGUGUUGCAUGGACCUGUACAGUUUGUUCCUAUUUAAUAUGAAUAGAUUAGCCAAUGAACUGAAGCCAUCCAUUUCAUACAUGGUUGUCUGGCCAGGUCACGCCCC